CCCCCCUUAUCCCUCUGGUUCUUAAUUCUUGCGGUAAAACCCUCUCGUCUCUCUCCAUAGUCUGAACCCUGCAACUACAGUAUCUGCUUUCCAUGGCAUUUUAUCUCCUCUCUCUCCCUGAUUGUCUCUUUCCUUUUCCAACUUCCCCUACUCUCUCUCUUAAGAAAUCCCAUUGUCUCCCCUCGAAGCCUCUUCUCUUCCUCCCUUCUCCCUCUUCCAAACGUUAUCGUCUACCGGCCAUCGGGCCCGAUGGGAAGUACUACCCGAAUCCGUCCGAAGACGACCCGCCCGAAGCCCCUGAGGACUCAAUGCACGGCGUCUCGAAGUUCGAGCAAAUCCACCGCCGAGCAGCCCGGGCACGCAAGCUACAAGAAGAUGACUUCCGGAAGCAUCAGUCUACGUACCUCUCCGCCAUUGCUGACGUAGAGGAGCCGCCAGCAGAAGGCGCCGUGGAUCCUGGAGACGAUUUGUUUGGUGAAAUUGACAGAGCCAUUUCCAUGAAGCGAAGCGAGCUUAUCAAACAAGGUUUGUUACGGCCGAACCCUAAAAAGUCGAUACAAAAAGAUGAGGACGAAACGGAUGUUGAGGAUACUGAUGAGCUAGAGGAAGAAGAGGUUGUUGACUUGGAGGAGAUUGAGGAACUGCAAGGCCUCACCGUUAUCUCUGAGGAUGAAGAAGAAACGGAGGGCCGUAAAUAUGUUGACAAGAAGAAGGAAAGCGGUGGUGGGUCGAUGUUGGAUUCAGCUUUCGAUUUGGAUUUCGAUAGUUUUGAGAAAACCAAGGCGAGAAUUGUGGAGCCGAAGUUCAAGAUGAGCCUGGCGGAGUUGCUGGACGAGAGUAAAGUGGUGCCAGUUUCUGUUUACGGGGAUUUGGAGGUUGAGAUUUCGGGCAUACAGCAUGAUUCGAGGGUGGUGAGUUCUGGGGAUCUAUUUGUGUGCUGUGUUGGAAGAAAAACUGAUGGUCAUUUGUACUUGAGUGAAGCUGAUAAGAGAGGAGCUGUUGCUGUGGUAGCCAGUAAGGAGAUUGACAUAGAGGAGACUUUGGGGUGUAAGGCACUCGUCAUGGUGGAGGAUACUAACGCUGUUUUACCUGCAUUGGCUGGUUCAUUUUACAGGCACCCGUCAAAAAAUAUGGCAGUGAUUGGGAUUACAGGGACCAAUGGGAAGACGACCACUGCAUUUUUAAUAAAAGGCAUGUACGAGGCAAUGGGGUUGAGAACUGGGAUGUUGAGUUCUGUUGCUUAUUACGUGCAUGGAGAUAACAAGUUGGAGUCACCAAAUACGACCCCUGAUUCUGUUUUGGUGCAGAAUUUAAUGGCCAAGAUGCUCCAUAAUGGGACUGACGCUGUUGUCAUGGAAGCAUCUUCUCAUGGACUGGCUUUAGGGAGGUGCAAUGAGGUUGAUUUUGAUAUCGCUGUCUUCACCAAUUUGACAAGGGAUCAUUUAGAUUUUCAUGGAACUGAAGAGGAGUACAGGGAUGCCAAAGCUAAGUUGUUCUCGAGGAUGGUUGAUCCCGAAAGGCAUAGGAAGGUUGUUAACAUUGAUGAUCCCAAUGCAUCAUUCUUUAUUGGGCAGGGGAGCCUUGAUGUGCCUGUUGUGACCUUUGCAAUGGAGAAUAAAAGUGCAGAUGUUCAUCCUUUGAAGUUUGAGCUCUCCUUGUUUGAGACACAGGUUUUGGUUAAUACCCCACAUGGUAUACUGGAGAUAUCAUCGGGUUUGCUUGGAAGACAUAAUAUCUACAACAUUCUUGCAGCCGUGGCAGUCGGGAUUGCAGUUGGGGCACCAUUGGAGGAUAUUGUUAGAGGGAUUGAAGAGGUAGAUGCUGUUCCAGGUCGAUGCGAGUUAAUAGAUGAAGAACAGGCAUUUGGCGUCAUAGUGGAUUAUGCCCAUACUCCUGAUGCCCUCUCUAGACUGCUUGAUUCUGUGAGGGAGCUUGGACCAAGAAGGAUAAUCACUGUUUUUGGUUGUCCUGGUGAAAGUGACAGAGGGAAAAGACCAAUGAUGACAAAAAUUGCUACAGAUAAAAGUGAUGUGACAAUCUUGACGUCUGACAAUCCGAAGCAUGAAGAUCCUUUGGACAUUUUGGAUGAUAUGCUGGCUGGCAUAGGAUGGACAAUGCAGGAUUAUUUGAAAUAUGGGGAGAACGAUUACUAUCCACCUCUUCCAAAUGGUCAUCGACUUUUUCUGCAUGACAUUAGGCGUGUAGCUGUACGUUGUGCUGUUGCUAUGGGUGAAGAAGGAGAUAUGGUUGUGGUUGCUGGCAAAGGCCAUGAAACAUAUAUGAUUGAAGGUGAUAAAAAAGAGUUUUAUGAUGAUCGGGAGGAAUGCCGGGAAGCAUUGCAAUAUGUUGAUGAGCUUCACCAGGCAGGAAUAGACACAAGUGAAUUUCCCUGGCGGUAAGUUAUUUUGAUGCUCC